AUGAAAGGAGCAAUUGUUUUCAUCUCUUUCAUUGCAAUUGCUUUUGCGAAGAAGUUCAGGUGGUGCAACCUUUCUGAGGCAGACCAGCGAAAAUGUGCUGAACUUUCCAAGGCCUUGCAAGAAGUGUUGCCUCCCACGGCAAAGAAUUCUUUCACCAAGUUGUCUUGCAUUCAAGCGCAUAAUACAAAGGAUUGCAUCAAGAAGAUACGGGGAAACAAGGCAGAUGCGAUUUCAUUAGAUGCUGGUGAUAUCUACACUGCUGCAAGAUUUUAUGAUCUCACUGUUGUGGCAAAGGAACUGUAUAAGGAUGGUGGCUGCCUGUACUCUGUAGCUGUGGUCCGGGAUGAAAGCCUGAACAUCCAGAAGCUAAAAGGAAAGAGAAGUUGUCAUAAUGGUGCUCGACGUACAGCCGGCUGGAAUAUUCCCCUCGGAUUUCUCCUGUCCCGGAAUUACCUUCACUGGCACAAGAAUCAAACUGUAAUCGAAGCCGCCAGUAAAUUCUUCAGCGCAGCCUGCGCUCCAGGGGCAGGCACCUCCUUCCCCAGUCUGUGCCGGCUCUGCCAGGGCAAGAAAUCCUACAACCGGCACAGAAAUUACUUCUGUGAGACGACUGACAAUGAGCCUUACUACGGUUCUGAAGGUGCACUCAGGUGUUUGGUGAGGGAAAACAGUGAUGUUGCCUUUUUGGACAGCACGGCUCUGGCCAACAUAAAUGCAUCAGAAACAGCCAAGUACAAACUGCUCUGUCCUGAUGGAACCCAGGCUGAGCUCAAAGACUUCAGAAAAUGUCAUCUUGGAAGGGGACCUGGCAAUGCCAUUGUGACCAGACACAACUACAGGAAGAUCGCGCGGAAGUUUCUUGCUGUUGCUCAGCAAUUCUUUGGGAGAAACGGGAAGCAGUCACAACGAUUCCAGUUAUUCAGCUCCGACGGUUUCAACGGAAGAAACCUCAUGUUCCAAGAUGCCACUGAGAAGUUGCUACUUCUUGCAGACGAUGCUGACGUCAACCAAGUAUUGGGGUUAGACUACAUCGCUCUGCUGAAAGGACUGGGCCAUGGAGGGAGCUCUUUGGAGAACAGCAUUGUGCGGUGGUGCUGCAUUAGUGCAGCUGAACAAAGCAAGUGUGAAGAAUGGGCCCUCAACACAAAAUCCAACCCAUUAGUCUGCAUCAGAGCGACAUCCAUGAGUGACUGCAUAGAAAUGAUAAAGAAGGAUGAGGUGGAUGCGGCCUCCCUUGAUGCAUCACAUGCUUACAUCGCUGGGAACUGCGGCCUUGCUCCUGUGGUGACGGAAUAUUAUGGGGAGAAAUGUCCAGAGGCCAGUGGGAAAGAUGGAGAGACUCACUUUGAGGCCGAAGUCCUGCCUCCAGUCUAUGCCCUUGCUGUGGUCAAGAAGGCUUCCCGAGGUGAGACCAUCUUUAAUCUGGCGGGACGGCGAAGCUGCCAUGGCCACUUGUACAGCCCAGCAGGCUGGCUUCUCCUGACCAAAUACACCAUCCGGCCUGACCGAAACCGCACUGACGCCUGCGACAUCAAUAAGGCAUUUACAAACUAUUUCCGCAAAGGCUGUAUGCCUGGAAUGAAUUUUAAAGGGAAGCUUUGUAAAGUCUGCAUUGGAAGAGAGCGAGCUGGGAUGAAAUUAUUUAAUCAAAGGUGUGCAGCUAACCAUGAUGAACUUUACUAUGGCAAUUUGGGCGCCUUGCGGUGUUUAGUUGGGAAUCCCAAUGGGAAGAGCUUUGGAGAUGUUGCCUUCCUUGAACACCAUAACUUAAUGGAAAACAUAGAGAGUCUGAGUGAAUGGGCUGACGGUUGGAGUCCUGACCACUUUGAGUUGCUGUGUCCGGGUGGUGAACGUGCUCCAGUCACUGAGUGGGAGAGGUGCAACCUGGGCUCCAUCCCUCCGAACAUCGUGAUGACCAGGUCGGUCAUUGCCACCAAAAUCUACGACUUCCUGAUGAAAUCACAGGAGCAUUUUGGGGUGAGCUCAGACGCGCAGUUUCAGCUUUUCCAGUCCGGUAAAUACGGGGAAAAGAACCUGCUUUUCAAAGACUCCACCCAAUGCUUGGCUCAUGCCACCCACCUUGACUACAUGAGCAUCUUGGGUGAAGAAUUCUCUAAUGUGGCAGGAUCCGUCUUCAGUUGCACAGAAUCAGAAAUCCUUGAAUUCUGCUCACAGAACGCCUGCAGUACUUCACAAGUCUGAAACUCCAACCGACUCUGACACCCUGACGACACGGAGUGAUGCAGAUUGUAACCUUCCCUCUAGAAUUAGCUUCCUCCCUACACACAAUUUAACACAUUGGGAAAACUGCUAAAUCAGCUUCUUCUGUGUCAUUUUUAAAGUAUUUUUUUCAAUCAACCUGUUCAGUUUGGACUUGAACUGAGACCUUCUAGACCGGGGUACGGGCACUACCACUGUACCAGAAGAGCCUUCAGUGCUGUCUGAGGUGCAUGUGUUCAGGCUUGGGCAGUGAUUUUGACAGUGAACAAUAACGAUGGUCCCUGGCAGCUGCCUGAGCAGUUUCAGUGUUCAGUGAGUCUGGCCCUGGAAUUAAACCAAUCCUCAAAACCAAGCUGAUACCCACAUUUUGUCAAGACAGCAGGGCAGGAAUCCACCCAGAAAUGUU